AUGUCACAAGUGAUCACCUACGACAUCCAUAAGCUUCACAAAGGUACCACAACACACUUUCUCAAGUAUUUCAAAGCUGCUGAGAAAGACAAAAAUGCGAUCAUCUUUUUAGAAGGUGGGUUAGAGCUUCCCUUCUAUGACACUGAUGGGGAAUAUCUAUUCCGACAGGAGAGUAACUUCCAUUAUCUCUUUGGUGUGAAAGAAGCCGGCUUUUUAGGUUUAAUAAAGAUGGACGGUACUCGUGUCUUAUUUUUGCCACAACUUCCAGCUGCCCUUCAAAUCGUUUUAGGUCCAAAUUUGACACCUGAAGCCGUUAAAGAGAUGUACGGCGUCGAGGAAGUCUACUUUGACACUCAAGUCGAAGAAGUGUUAGCCAAGAUCAACCCGUCCCUUAUUUAUAUCUAUGCCGACGGUGUUAACACAGACUCCGGAUUAAAGCCCGCACCACUCCGAACCAAAUGUGUGAACAACUAUAAGCUUGAGACUCAGACGUUGCAUGAAGCACUCUUCGAGGCGCGUACCGUCAAGACUCUCGAAGAGAUCAACUUGAUGCGAACUGCUAUUAAUGGCACUGCGGAGGCUCACCGACAAUGCAUGAAAUUCUGUGCACCGGGGAAAUACGAGUUUGAGAUGGAAGCGCAAUUCUAUAAGGUCGCGUACGGCACUUUUGGCAUGAGGAACUUCGGGUACUUCCCAAUAUGCGCGUCGGGGACAUCAGCCGCGACGCUGCAUUAUGGCCACGCCGGACAUCCCAACAGAAAAGUGAUGCAAAGUGGGGAGUUGUUGAUGAUGGAUGUCGGGACCGAGUGUUUCCGAUAUGCGACCGAUUUAACACUGACGUAUCCGGUGAAUGGGAAGUUCACUGAAGACCAAAAAGUGUUAUAUGAAAUUGUUUUAAAGUGUCAAGAGGAGUGUGAGAAUGCUAUUAAGCCUGGUCUUCAUUGGUAUGAAAUUCAUGAUUUGGCCAAUAAGGUGUUACUCAGUGGACUUAAAGAAGCCGGAUAUGUCACAGGUGAUGUCGACGAGAUGUUUAAGAAUGACGUCCACUUCUAUUUCAUGCCUCAUGGGAUCGGACAUUUGAUUGGUGUCGAUACACACGACGUCGGCGGGUUCAACAAAGGUAUUGAAAGAAGCAGCAAUUGCAGUCUUAAGAAGUGCCGAAGUAACAGAAUCUUAGAAGCGGGGAAUAUAUAUACAGUAGAGCCUGGGGUUUACUUCAUCCCAUUUUUAUUGGAGUCGGGAUUGAAAGAUGAGAAGGUCAAGAAGUUCCUUGUUGAAGAGAAAAUCAGAAAAGCCUGGAACUUUGGAGGAAUCAGAAUUGAAGAUGACGUCUUGGUGACUGAAAAUGGACAUGAGACUUUACCUAAAGACAUCCCACGUACUGUCAAAGAGAUCGAAGAGUUCAUGAAACACUAA